AUGUCACGCAAUGCUGUUUGCUCUGAAGGUCAUACGUUGGGAAGAAUGAGUCUCUUCGUAACCCCUUUGCCUGUGGUCAAGCGUCUAAUCAGCUACAUAAAGGAGGGUUCUGAUAAAGAGGAAAAGUGGAAGGAGAAGGCAGUAAAAUCCCUUGUGAAAAGGCUAAAGAAGGGAAACCAGUUGGAUGAGCUGGAACGGGCCAUCGUUAAUCAGGACAGCUCGACUCGUUGUGUCACUAUCCCACGUUCCCUCGAUGGACGUCUUCAGGUGGCGCAAAAGAAGGGCCUACCCCAUGUAUUCUACUGUCAGCUUUGGCGUUGGCCGGACCUUCACACUCAACACGAACUGCGGCCAGUGGAGAACUGUCAGUAUUCGUUUCAAGCCAAGCGGGACGAGGUGUGCAUCAACCCCUAUCACUAUCGGCGAAUCGAAAACCCAAGUAGGCUGCUCAUGCCCUCUUAUUUAAGACCCUUUUUUGCAUCAGUCCGACGCUUUUGUUGGUUGCCUUCGGCGACAAUGUAUUCUCACUUCCCCGAUCAUGCUUGGCGUCUGAUCGGUUAG